AAGCGCAUACACCAAUAAUUUCACAACACAUUGUAUAUUGCAGUCACAGUCAUUUUUUGUCAAUCUCUAAUGAUGUACAAUACGUUAAAACAACCAACAUCAUCACACACUUAAAGACAAACAUAUACAACAUAGGUAAUAACUUUCACCAAUAAGAUCAAUACAUAUAUGAUAUAAAUGCAUGUUACCAACAUGCAUUGUAAACUCAAAAACUAAAAGAAACCAAAACAUGGGAUCUAUUUCUGAAGAUAUUCAUGUUCUUCCAAAAUGUUCACCUUUUGAAGUAGUAGAAGAUGAUGAUGCAUGUCUCUCUGCUAUGCUUCUUUGUUGUGGUCCAAUGAUUUAUACUUCUGUGUUAAAAUCUGCAAUUGAAUUAAACCUAUUUGAUAUUAUAUCAAAGGCAAAUCCACCAGGUGUUUCAGCAUCCUAUGUUGCUUCAAAGUUACAAACAACACAACAUCCUCAAUUACCUCGAAGGCUCGAUCGAAUGUUGUGUCUGCUUGCAAGUCACUCUCUUCUUAUUUGCUCUACAAGAACAAAUGAAGAAGGUGUGAUUGAAAGAGUUUAUGAAUUGUCAUUGGUUGGUAAAUAUUUUGUCAAUGAUGAGAAGAAUGGUUCUGUUGCUUUGUUCUCAACGUUUAUGAGUCACCAAAAGCUUGUGGAUGCAUUCAACAAUUUUAAAGAGGUACUUUCAGACUGUGAUAAUGGACUAUACAUGAAAGUUCAUGGAAUGCCAGUUUAUCAAGGCAUACAAUCUGACCCAGCUUGGAAUAAUGUGUUUAACAAAGCAAUGGCUAAUAUUUGCACAAUUGAAAUGAAGAAGAUAUUAGAAAAAUACAAAGGAUUUGAAGGAAUAUCAAUAUUGGUUGAUGUUGGAGGAGGAAUUGGGCAAAGUUUGAAUAUGAUAAUCUCUAAGUAUCCUUCUAUAAAGGGCAUUAAUUUUGAUUUGCCCCAAGUUAUACAACAUGCUCCAAUUUAUCCAGGAAUUGAGCAAAUUGAAGGAGACAUGUUUAAAAGUGUCCCAACAGGUGAUGCCAUAAUAUUGAAGGCUAUAUUGCAUAACUGGUCUGAUGAAAACUGUUUGAAAGUUCUAACUAAGUGCUACAAAGCUUUGCCACAACAUGGGAAAGUGAUUGUUGUGGACUUCAUUAUGCCUCAAGAAAUUCAGCAUACAAAAGCAGAUAAGAUGAUAACUAGCUUUGACAACCUCAUGUUCUUGGAUAGUGGUGUUGAAAGAACAGAGAAAGAAUUUGAAAAGUUAUGCAAAUGUUCUGGAUUUUCUAGUUUUGAGGUUGUUUGUCUUGCCUUUUCUGCCCUAGGAGUGAUGGAAUUUUCUAAAUAAAUAAGCAAGUAUUAUGUAAGGAAUAUAAUAGAUAGUAUUUAUACCAUAAAUUUGGCUUGUCUAAAAGUGAUCAUAGAAUAAAGUUAUAAAAUAAAGGGUUCAUAUUUCAA